CAAGAUGGUAGUAUGCAGAGCUUACUUUCUUCGUUAGGUGACGUUCGCCGGCUUAACGCAGUAUAUUAGCUAAAGCUUGCUGUAAGCGCGGAGGCAGGCGGAGGGUGGGGCUGCGGUAUGUCCGUUUUCCACGAUGAAGUAGAGAUCGAGGACUUCGAGUACGAUGAGGAGACGGAGACCUACAGCUAUCCGUGCCCAUGUGGGGACCGCUUCCUCAUCACGCGGGAAGAUCUGGAGAAUGGUGAAGAUGUGGCCACUUGUCCAAGCUGUUCGCUCAUAAUAAAAGUCAUCUAUGACAAGGAACAGUUUAUAUGUGGUGAAGAAGUCUUGGCACCUACAACAAACAAGGAACUGGUUAAAUGUUGACAAUUAUUUGAAACUUUGCUGAACUUGAAGAAUACUGUGGUGGUAUUUAAGCAGAAGACACAAGGACUGCUUCAGUAGUUUGAAAGAAAAACUGAUAUGUUUGCUUGCAUAAGAAGCUCUUAAUAUUUAUACAAAAUAAAUUUUUAUGGGUAAGAUUGAAAUAGUGACAGCCCACAAUGCAUGAAGACGUGUGUGAGCAUUCCAAAUCUGGCAAGUAGUUGCAAACCAACACUUGUUCCUGUACUCUUGGAUUCUUCACAGCCAUGUGCAGGAAAUGAACCACUGAGUCCUGAAUUAAGAGCAAGAAAACUUCAUCCCAUGCUGUAUUUGGCUCCUAAAAGUGUUUUAUAUCAUAGGCCAGAUUUGUUGACAUCAAGCUAAUUCCAAUUCUCUUUAUCUUUUUUGCUCAGUCACAGCAUCCCACGCUGUAUUAUCUAAGCAAAAUCUUGCUUUGACAGUGCAGUUUGCCUUAGAUUUAAGCAGGCAUCUUUAUGUAUAAACUUGAGGCACUGGUUUUUAUGUCUGGUAUAUCAGCAAGAGACUUUAGAGAUCCAUUUGCUUCCAUCUUCUCAAAUAUGUAUCUGAAAAUCUCAUUACUUCCUUGUUUACUUAAUUUGUAAUUGGGCUUUUCAGGUGGGUUUGCAAUUUAGGAUGUGAUUCUGGUAACACUUUGUGGAUAUUUUUAGUAGUUUUGUGUGGGAAAAUAAGUGUCUGUUCUGCCUUAACAGUUUUUAUCUUAGAAAGAAUUUGUAUAAAAUUUAAUCUGCCUCCCAGACUGUUGCCAUCUAAACAACAUGUUCUAAAAUGAUUGUUACCUCCAUACAAGUAUAAAUAAUUCAGCAUAACAAUUUAAUUUUAUAAUCUUGGAAUGAGGAAGCACAGUUUCAUUUCAUUUUGAUAUUCAGUGGUAACCCACCACAAGAGUUAAUGGCAAUACACAGUGGCAGUAUGCAUUUCUGACUUUUGAGAACUACUUUUGACUGACAAUUUAUCAUCAAUUAAUGUUUUCUUUGUUGUUUAAAACCAUGUGUUACAUCAGUUGCUCUUCAUGGCCAGCAGGUGGCACUGAAACAUUGUAUUCACAUCAAAGUUUGUAAAUGGUAUGUUUUUUAAAGUCACAAAUAAUUAUUUUGCACUUUAAACAGUGUCAUUUAACACUGAAACAAUUAUACAUUUCAGUAAUACAUAUUCUCUCAUAAUUUUUAGGGGUAAUCAUCUGAAAAGCAUUAAUGGGAACUUUGCCGUUGCCAAGCUUGCCCAAUAUCAUGUUUACAAUUGGCAUGUGUUCACUGUUACUAGUGAAUGAUAUGUACAAAAUUCUAUUGGGAAAUAAAACACUAAAAAAAUCCACACCAUCAUUGAUAGGUAGUUAAUAUAUGGCGACUAGAAAUGCCAGUGAACUGAUCAUAUUUGUAUAUAAAGAAGCUAAAAUUAAUUGACACAAGAAAUAAUGCAAAAGAAUUUUAGAUUCUGCCAGUUUUCAUGGAAAACUAACCUAUUUCAGGUUGAAUUUCAAACUGUUUGGACCUUUCACAUGAGCUCAAAUGGGGCUAGGUCUGUACUAGUAUGAGAGAAUGACUUAAAAGACUACACACCUCAAAUUCUGUUACAUAUUUCCUGGCAGAGUGUGGGUGCUCUGUGCUGCUUUCCUGCCUUCCUUGAAACUGACUGAUGGUGAUCAGCAGUCCUGUAGAGAGUAGUGGUAUAGUCCUGAGGGCUGGGUAUGCUUACCUUUCCAUACAUGCUGCUGCUAGUGGGAACUGCCUUAGAAUCCAUGUAUGAGAUCUUUUGAAAGUGUUCCCAUGUUGAAAAAUCCGGUUGUGAUGUGGGGGAAAGCUUACAUAAUUCAGUCAAAGCUAGGAGUCAAUAAUAUUUAUUACUGAUUGUAUAUACACCCCCAGGGGAGUAAAUGAGAAUUGCCACUCCACUUGGCAUACAGCAAUAAAACUGUUCUGAAGUG